AUGGAGAACAGCACAGAAGUAACACAGUUCAUCCUCCUGGGGCUGACAGAUGAUCCAACUAUUCAGGUUCCUCUCCUCUUGAUAUUUUUAUUUAUUUACUUCAUCACUUUGGGUAGAAAUGGAGGGCUGAUGGUGAUUAUCUGCUUAGAUUCCCAUCUCCACACUCUGAUCUACUUCUUCCUGAGUAACCUCCUUGUUGAUCUGGGUUACUCAUCAGCUGUAGCUCCUAAGAUGGUGGCUGCACUGUAGUCUGGGAACAAGAUAAUUUCCUCUAAAGGAUGUGCAGCCCAGUUCUUCUUCUUUGUGGGUUUUGCUACUCUUGAGUGCUACCCCCUGACCUCCAUGGCUUAUGACUGCCAUGCAGCAGUUUGUAGGCAUCUUCAUUACACUACCACCAUGACAGCAGGUGUGUGUACAGGGCUAACCAUUGGCUCCUAUGUCUGUGGCUUCCUCAAUGCCUAAAUCCACGCAGCAGACACCUUUAGACUCUCUUUCUGUGGUUUUAACAAAAUCAACUACUUUUUCUGUGGCAGUCCCCCACUUCUGGCUCUUGCAUGUUCCAACACACAUAUCAGCAAGUUUUUUUUUUUUGCUGUUGUUGUGGGCUUCAAUGUCUUUUUCACCCUCUUGAUCAUUCUCAUUUCUUAUGUCUUCAUAUAUAUUGCCGUUCAAAUCAUACAGUCUUCUGAGGGAUGGGAGAAGGCCUUUUCCACCUGUGCCUCUCACCUUACUGCAGUGUCCAUCUUUUAUGGCACAAUCAUCUUCAUGUACCUGCAGCCCAGCUCUGGUCAGUCCAUGGACACUGACAAAGUAACAUCUGUGUUCUACAUUGUAGUGAUUCCCAUGCUGAACCCCUUGAUCUACAGUCUGAGGAACAAAGAAGUGAAAAGUGCUCUCUGGAAAAUACUGGACAAACUUUACCCUUGGUCUUUCCGUGUGAGUAGGAAGUAG